GAAACCGUUAGGUUAGGCCUUCCAAGCGCAGGUCUAAGGCCAUUAUUCAAAGGAGACAGGAACAAUCUGUUCGUACCGACGGGGAUGGUGUUCCAGAGCUGAGUGAGACAACAUGGAAAAACUUUCUGUGGAGCUCUUGAACACUCUGAAGAACUUAAAAAAAGAUGAAUUUGAACAAUUUAAAUGGUUUUUGAAGCACGACAACAUCUUGGAAGGCCACAAAGGCAUCUCAGAAGAGAAGCUGGAGCGGGCAGAAAGAUGGCAGACAGUUGAUCUGAUGGUACACAGAUAUAAAGGCAACGGAGCUAAGAUGGUGGCAAUUAAUAUUUUACAUGAGAUUGGGAAGAACGACCUGGUGGACCGCUUAAAACAAUUCUGCAUAGAACAAAAAGAUCUCAACACUCGACAUCAACAUUUUGUGAGAGACGGCCUUGGAGAAAAGCAAGCUGAGCUGGAAAAACUCCGUGAGUUUGCCGUGGACGUAACUUUGGAUCCUGAUACAGCACAUCCUGACCUGGUCCUCUCCAGUGAUGGGAAACAGGUUUACGACACUGAUGUGACGAAAGAUCUCCCAAUGACCUCAAAGAGAUUUGAUAAAUGUGCCAGUGUGGUAGGAAAGGAGGAAUUCUCGUCAGGAAAGUUCUACUUUGAGGUUCAGGUUGAAGGGAAGACUGACUGGACUCUUGGAGUGGCCAAUGAGUCCAUCAACCGGAAAGGCAAAAUCAACCUGAGCCCUGAUAAAGGCUGCUGGACCAUAUGGUUAAGAGACAAGGUUUAUGAAGCACUGGCAGACCCUUCAGUCAUUCUCCCUCUGAAGUCCCGUCUUCAGAAGGUGGGAGUCUUUGUGGAUUAUGACAACGGACUGGUUUCAUUUUAUAAUGUAGAUACUGCAGACCUUAUCUACUCCUACAAAAAUUGCUGCUUCAAGAAGAAGCUCCUCCUGUAUGUCAAUACAAGUAGUAACUGCAAAGGUAAAAACUCUGCCCCAAUGAUUAUAACCCCUAUAGUUCACAAGAUAAACAAGGCAGAGCUGAGGAGCGUCAAGGAGUUUGCAGUCGAGGUGACGCUGGAUCCGGAUACAGCACAUCCUGAACUGAUCCUAUCUGCCGAUGGGAAACGGGUACAUCAUGGAGAUGUGAAAAACGAUGUCCAAGACAACCCAAAGAGAUUCAGUGACUGUGUCAAUAUUUUAGGGAAGCAAAGUUUCUUCAAUGAAAGAUUCUACUUCGAGGUCCAGGUUAAAGGGAAGACUGACUGGACUUUAGGAGUCGCCACAGAGUCGAUUGACAGGAAAGGAGAAAUCACACUACAACCUGAAAGUGGUUUCUGGACUAUUUAUCUAAGGAACGGGCAGGACUACGAGGCAUUUGAUAAACCCAUAGUGCGUUUACCAAUAAGGUCAAAUCCUGAGCGGGUAGGAGUGUUUGUUGAUUAUGAGGGAGGUCUGGUCUCUUUUUAUAACGUAGAUACUGCUGAUCUUCUCUACUCGUUUACUGGUUGCUGCUUCGCUGAGAGGCUUCUGCCAUUCUUUAGUCCCUGCACUAAUGUGGGAGGUACAAACUCUGCUCCCCUGAUUAUUUCUCCUGUCAGUCUCUUUGAUUAGAUGAAUCGUACUGUCAUUUGAGAGCGCUGAAGAACCGGAACUAGACCCCCUUAGAUCCUGAACAGGGUUGUGUGGUAAUGGACUAAUGGAUGUGUUGAUCAAUAAAUAAUGUUA